CAGUCCUGCCCACCCCGCUAUUGGAGCGCGCUUCUUGAAAGACGCAUGCGCACAAAGGCCCCUUCCAAGACUGGGAGGUCGCUUCCAAGAUUGGGGGUUCCCCCCUCAACUCUUGCGCUGGUCGCUAUGCGGGUGCUUGUGGGUGGCGGGACAGGCUUCAUUGGGACAGCCCUAACCCAGCUUCUGAAAGCCAGGGGCCACGAAGUGACACUGGUAUCCCGAAAGCCCGGGCCCGGUCGGAUCACCUGGCAUUGUUUUCUCCAACAGGAUGAACUCGCUAAGUCGGGGCUGCCCGGUUGCGAUGCGGCUGUCAACUUAGCAGGAGAGAACAUCCUCAACCCUCUCCGAAGGUGGAAUGAAUCCUUCCAGAAAGAGGUUCUCAGCAGCCGCUUAGAGACCACCAAGAUACUGGCCAAAGCCAUCAUCAAGGCCUCACAACCCCCCAAGGCCUGGGUCUUAGUCACUGGUGUAGCUUACUACCAGCCCAGCCCGACUGCGGAGUAUGAUGAGGACAGCCCAGGAGGGGAUUUUGACUUUUUCUCCAACCUGGUAACCAAAUGGGAAGCUGCAGCCAGGCUUCCUGGAGAGUCGACACGCCAGGUGGUGGUGCGUUCCGGGGUUGUGCUGGGCCGCGGGGGCGGUGCCAUCGGUCAAAUGCUGCUGCCCUUCCGCCUGGGCCUGGGGGGCCCCAUUGGCUCGGGCCACCAAUUCUUCCCCUGGAUUCACAUCGGGGACCUGGCAGGAAUCCUGGUCCAUGCCCUUGAAGCAAGCCACGUGCAGGGGGUCCUGAAUGGAGUGGCUCCGGCUCCCACCACCACAAAUGCUGAGUUUGCCAAGGCUUUGGGCGCGGCCCUAGGCCGCCCAGCCUUCAUCCCUCUCCCCAGCAUGGUGGUGCAAGCUGUCUUUGGGCGAGAGCGUGCCAUCAUGCUGCUGGAGGGCCAGAAGGUGGUCCCACGGCGGACACUGGCCGCUGGCUACCAGUAUUCCUUCCCAGAGCUAGGGGUCGCCUUGAAGGAAGUCGUGGCCUGAGCAGGGAGGCCCCAGGCAGGGCCUGAGUCUUGUCCCUCGAGAGGCUCCCUGGUUGGAGACUGUGAGUAGACCCAGGUACUCCACUGAGACCUUAGGGAUUCCUCUCCCUGCCUGCCUCAUUGUUCUGUUGCUCCACCUUACUUAACUGAGAGACUGGCUACUGGCUCAAGGUUGCAGUCUCAUCAAGUUGGGUCCUUAACCUCUUCAACUCCUUGCACAAGAAUUUCCUAGUUUGGUCUCCCUAUGUGUCCCAUGGCUGUCCCAGCUACCCUUUAUGUUGUGUAGAGAAUUCUCUGCGAUCGAGGCAAUAAAGAUAAAUUAUCUCA